AUGGCUGACUUUGUGAAGCUGUAUGACAAGUUUUUUUUCGGUGAGCAUUUUAACCUUAUCCAAGGAGAUGAAGCAGUUACGUGCGCGAUUAAUGAAAAGGAUAGAAGAACGCCAUCAAAGGCUGAUGAAUAUGAUGAUGAUGAGGAGAGACAGAACACUGGUGAGACUAGUGAAGUUGUGCAAAAGAAUGAUAGAGGGAGUGAUGGUGAGAGUAGUGAGGAGAAGGAGAAGGAAAAAGAUGAUGGAAGGUGGGAGGAUGAGACAAGUGAGGAGGAGGAGGAGAAGGAGGAUAAGAAGAAGGGUAACGAGGGGAGUGAUGAUGGGACAAGUGAAGAGGAGGAUAAGGAAAAGGAUGAUGGAGAGAAUAAUGGAGAUAAUCAGGACAAGGAUGAGAGAUAG